AUGGAUUCCGAAGAAGAAGAACCUCCAACUCUAGUGGAGGUAGAAAACAAUGAAGAAACUUCAGUCUCAGGAUCUAAGCCUGUCAAAGUACCGAUCACAAUUGUCACGGGAUACCUUGGAGCAGGAAAGACGACGCUGAUGAACUAUAUUCUGAAUGAACAACAUGGGAAAAAGAUUGCUGUGAUCCUGAAUGCUAUCGACAUCGAGAAAUCUUUGACAGUCAAUAAGGGCGGUGAGAAAGUUGAGGAAUGGCUUGAAGUUGGGAAUGGUUGCAUUUGCUGCUCAGUAAAAGACUCAGGAGUCAAUGCCAUAGAAUCUCUCAUGGAAAAGAAGGGUGCUUUUGAUUACAUUCUGCUCGAGACUACAGGUCUUGCGAACCCAGGAAAUCUUGCGCCUCUUUUUUGGGUUGACGAAGGACUUGGCAGUACCAUCUAUCUUGACGGGAUCGUUACUCUCAUCGAUGCGAAGAACAUCUUGAAAAGUCUGGAUGAACCUGUCAAGGAGACGAUUGAAGAAGAAGAGCAUCAUGAUCAUGGAGGACCAGUGUUGACCACCGCCCAUCUGCAGAUCUCGUACGCUGAUGUGCUUGUGAUCAACAAGUCUGAUCUCGUUAGUGAUGCUGAACUUCUUGCAGUUCAAGAAAGAGUACAAGCGAUCAAUGGGCUCGCCAAACUCCAUGUCACAACUCAGGGCCAAGUUCCUACCCUGGAAGGCUUCUUACUAGACCUCCACGCAUACGAUGAUGUAGGAGCGUUAGACGUUGCUAGCAAGGGGCAUAGCCAUCUUGACCCAUCUAUUGCGACCAUCACGAUGAAAGUCCCUGUGUUGCAUUCCGAACAACUUCCGCAGCUCGAUGCAUGGCUCAGAUCCGUUUUAUGGGACUCGGAACUUCCUGGCAGCACAAGCGGCAGCACUUCUGAAGACAAAAAAAUUGAAAUCCACAGGCUGAAAGCAAGAAUACCUCUCUCAAAUGGCGAGGUCAAGCUUGUCCAAGGAGUUCGAGAGAUUUUCGAGAUUCUUGAUGCGCCAAAUUCGACUACUGAUUCCAACGCAUCAGACAAUUUGCAAGGGAAAAUGGUACUAAUCGGAAGACAUAUUCUCCACGUCUCAUUCGAGGAAAGCCUUAGAAAUAUGAUUGAAUGA